AUGUCUCUCACGAAUGAAGAUUGGGAGGAGAUCCGCCAAGACAUUCCAUCCGUCUCUGAUCCAUUCAUCACACAGUACAUCAACGGCCGCGAUGCUCUCAUCGCCCAGGAGCAAAAGAGCCGCGCCGACGCAUCAUUCAAAGCCGCUGCCUCUCCAAUCGCCCGUCGCGCAGCUGACAUUGUCUCCCGUAUCCGAGACCAGGAGAAGCGGACGAUAUGGAAUGCCCAGACGGAGGAGGACCUCGCUACGACGGAGGGCUUGGCACCCUUUCCGGGUAUGAUGUUCACGCUCGCGAAGCAGCGCCUCGAGACGACCCGGCUGUGGCGCAUCGUGCAAAAGAUGCCAAAGGGCUCGCUUCUCCACGCCCACCUGGACGCCAUGGUUGAUUUUGACUACCUGUUCGAUGUUCUUUUAAAGACCCCUGGCAUUCACUUUGCUGCAGAUGUGCCCUUGUCCAACGACGCAGCGAAGUCUACCGGUGGCGUACACUUCAGAUACAAGAAGGCAGAGACCAGUCAACGUCCCGUCUGGGAGGAUGACUAUGUCCCCGGCGAGUUUCGCCUGUUGACCAAGGCAGCAGAUGAGUUCCCCGAUGGCGGAAGGACGGGGUUCCUGAAGUGGCUCAAGGCGCGUUGCACAAUCACCCUGACGGACAACAUGGAGCAGCAUCAUGGCAUUGACGCAGUUUGGCGCAAGUUCGCCUCGUGCUUCGGAGUCAUCAACACCAUUAUUCACUACGAACCAAUUUUCCGUGCUUUCCUCCAGAGGUUGAUGGCGUCGCUAUUGGCAGACGGCAUCUAUUGGAUCGAGCUGAGAUUCACUUGGCCGCUCAACUACUGCCGCGACCAGCAAGAAGAACCGGAAAAGGACUACAACCACAUGUUCCAAGUAAUGGAGGAAGAGCUCGCCCUCUUCAAGUCCGACCCCGCCCACGCCGCCUUCUGGGGCUUCCGCACCAUCUGGACCACCAUCCGCCAGCUGCCCGUGCGCGACAUCAUCGAGAGCAUGGACAACUGCAUCACCACCAAGAUGGCCUGGCCGCACCUCAUCGCCGGCUACGACCUCGUCGGCCAGGAAGACCUCGGCCGGCCCCUCCGCGACCUCCUCCCGGAGCUCUUCUGGUUCCGCAAGCAGUGCGCGCAGGAAGGCGUCAGCCUCCCCUUCUUCUUCCACGCCGGCGAGACGCUCGGCGACGGCGACGAGACGGACCAGAACCUCUUUGACGCGAUCCUCCUCGGCACGCGGCGCAUCGGCCAUGGCUUCUCGCUCUACAAGCACCCGCUCCUCAUCGACAUGGUCAAGGAGAAGCGCAUCCUCGUCGAGUCGUGCCCCAUCAGCAACGAGGUCCUCCGCCUCUGCGGCUCCAUCAUGUCGCACCCGCUGCCGGCCCUGCUGUCCCGCGGCGUCUCCUGCGCCCUGUGCAACGAUGACCCGGCCAUGCUGGGCCAGGACACGGCGGGCAUGUCGCACGACUACUGGCAGGCGCUACAGGGGUGGGAGAACGUCGGCCUGCUCGGCCUGGGCUCCAUGGCCGAGAACAGCGUGCGGUGGUCCGCCUUUGAGGACGAGACGCCCGCGGAGUGGACCGAGGGCAUCAAGCAAGCGAGCCUGGGCUCGGGCGUCAAGGCGCAGAGGCUCAAGCAGUGGGAGACCGAGUGGGAGAAGUUCUGCCUUUGGGUCGUGGAUGAGUUUGGUGACGAGGCGGACAAGGCGUGA